CCCCACCCAAACUCCAUACAUCCACAGCAAUUGCCCGGUCCGGGGUGCAUAGCACUAUUGGCCGUCUACUCGGCCAUUUCUCCACACACCGGCCUUCUCCCUGAACCACUGGUCACCCCUCCACCGGCCAUCUCCCCAACGCGUCGCGCCCCGCAACGCGGUCUUCACACCUACGGGGCAAAAAAAUGGGCCAAAAGGAUACUCGACGGCAGAUACGACGGAAUCCAACCCCGUGCGUAAAGGUUAGCCAGUCUAAAUAGAUACCAAACAUCGAUUAGUUUCGGGAAGAAAACAAGCCACUUCGACAUCCAAUUCCACAUCACCUACAGUUCCUACUUGCUCCCGUCUCACACAUCUCCAAAUAAACCAGAGCACCUACACAAAUGCCAGCCCAACUCUCUCACCCACGUUGCGCCUACCACAACCGCAACAAUGGGCUCCUUCGAACCCAAUCCCACACCAUCCUCAUAACCGGCGCCGGCGGCUUCAUCGGCCAAGCCCUCGCCGCCGCCCUCCUCGACGCUUCCCCAGCCUGCGACCUCCUCCUCGCCGACCUCGGCUUAGCCGUGAACAUCGAUUCGCGCCGCCUCGUGCUGGACCACCUGCGCGGGCACCAGCUCAGCGAGCGGACGAUCCCCGUGCCGCAAAGCAGCUACGGGGCCGAGAAGCUGGUCGUCGAGACGCUGGUGUCGGACUACUCGCACCGGGGGCUGAUAGACGGGCGCGUCGUGCGGCUGCAGACCGUGAUUGUGCGGCCGGGGGCGCCCUCCGCGGCGGCGUCGUCGUCGUCGUUUGCGUCCGGGAUCGUGCGGGAGCCGUUGAAGGGGGAGAGGAGUGUCUUGCCGGUGGGUAAGGAUCUGGAUGUGUGGGUGUGCUCGCCGAGCACGGUGGUGCGGAAUCUGGUGGCGAUGAAGGAUGUGCCGAAGGAGGCGUUUGGGGUGAAUCGGGGAAGGACGGUGAAUCUGCCGGGUCAGACGGUGAUGGUGGGGCAGAUUUUGGAGGCGUUGGAGGCGGUGGGGGAAAGGAGAAGACGGCGUUGA